AUGUCGUCCAAGAACGUGCUAAACUUAUGGUUAGCCAGAGAUGUGACGUACUCGGUCUCCAACAAGACCAUCAGGUCCACCAUACUGUCGAUCGAGUCAAACCGUUCGUUCAAUGGAGCCUGGACGUCUUCAAUGGCCAACUCGUGUCUCAGGUUCACAAACUCGGGCAAAGAGUACAGAAUGUUACUGGCCACGGUGUUGAGAUACCGAAUCAAAAUAAUAUAG